AUGAGUUCAAAACGAAAGUGUUUGUCAAUUUCGGACAAGAAAACAAUUAUUGAAGAAAUCGAGAGUGGUAAAAAGAAAAAAGAAGUCACAGAUAGUUUUAAAAUUCCGUUUUCGUCACUUUCUACAAUUUUGAAACAGAAAGAAGCAAUUCUUAAUACAACUGACGCACAAAGUAGCCGGAAAAAGAGACGACUAAGUGAGUUUCCCCGUAUAGAACAAUGUUUAUUCACUUGGUUCAAUCAAGUUAGGCAGCAAAAUAUUCCCGUGAGUGGUAUUUUAAUCAAAGAAAAAGCUAAAAGUUAUGCUGAAAUGUUUGGAAUCUCAGAUUUUACUGCUAGUGACGGUUGGUUAUCUAAUUUUAAAAAGCGUCAUAACUUGGUAUUCAAAAAAAAUUGUGGAGAAAGUGCAAGUGUCGAUGAAGGUAUCUGUAACGACUAG